AUGCCAUUAGAAUCAGAACAGCUAGAAAAACUGAUAGACUGGGCUGGCGAGAAGCAAUUUUUUGUUAGCAAAAAGCUUCAGUUCACUAUCAAAGAAAAUGAAGGAACUACAGUCAUUGCUUCAAAAAGCAUCGCCUCGGACGAGAAGCUGAUUGAAUGCCCCAGGAAGUUCAUCAUAGGACCGGAACUUGCAAAGAGUACGUUCGCUGAUAUCGAAUACGGUGAGAUUGAUGAUGAACAAGUUUAUGUCAAAUUUGCAUUCAUGUACCAGGUUCUACUUGGCUCUCAAAGCGAAUGGUAUCCCUACAUUUCCGUUUUGCCCAAAGAGGAUGAAAUAAUAUCUCCUUUUUAUUUCAAUCAGGAAGACUUGCUAUGGAUUCAAGGGACAAAUAUAUCUUCUGAGUUAGAUCUGAAAAGACAAGUGUGGAAAGCUCAAUUUGAACAAGCAGUGCAGAAUAUUACCGCUAAAUAUCCAGAGAGUCCCUCAUACACCUUUGAGUUGUAUACUUGGACCAACCUUAUAUUUCUCUCUCGCUCUUUUCCAGCACAUAUUGUGGACCCAAGUGCUAAUAAAAUGACAUCUAUCUUAGUGCCAAUAAUAGACUCAUUAAACCACAAGCCAUUGACCCCAAUUCACUGGGAUUGUACAGGAGGAACGGGCUUUAACUUGAUUGCAGGACAAGCAAUUGAACAGGGAGGUGAAGUAUACAAUAACUAUGGAGCGAAGGGAAAUGAAGAGCUAUUUAUUGGGUAUGGAUUUACCAUUGAAGAUAACCUUUUUGACAUUGUAUCUUUAAGGCUACCGGCCAAAAUUAUUGAAUUCGUCUCCAACGCCGGGUUGAAAGAGCUUCCUGAAGAUGGCGUAUUCCAUCUCACCAGGGAUGGAGUACCUGAACAACUUAAAAGCGUUUUUGUGGCCAUAGUGUCACUGCAACGAGGAGUUGGACACCAAACCACAUUAGCCCAAUUAGCUGGCAGGCAGGAGUUAAUAAGAGCAUUGAAUGAUAAGUUGGACAAUUUUGCAAACAUUGAUAAGCCUAUUGAGAAUAUCCGACAAAAAUUUGCUAAAUAUUACAGGGAUGGUCAGAUCAAGAUUUAUAGAGAUAGCCUAGCUCUUCUCGGGCAAGAAGUGAAAGCUAUUAUCGCUGCUUCUACUUCCAAAGUGAUAGACCUCGAUACCAUAUCAUCCAGGAAUCCUGAACUUCUGACGAUUUUGAUGCUUCCAUUUAAUACCGAAAAUGUAAACGAAAUAGUCGACCAAGGCAGCGAAGAUGAAAUUCUUAUAAUGUAUAUUGCAGCACAGAUGAUAAAUGGGGAAUUGCCAUGGCCCGACCACGAGGAAUCUUAUCAAGACAUGGACCUCGCAGAUUAUGAAAACUUCACCGAGACAUACAUCCCAUACAUUCGUCAGUUAUCAGAUGAUUUCGAAUCUCCGAAGUGGACAGAAUUGAGCACUUAUGCAAUGGCUGCCCUUUAUCUAGAGCGGUUUGGUUACGACUAUAAGGACAAUAAAGGUAGGGGCCUGCUCCGAUGUGUUAUCGACAUUUAA